AAGUGGGAGCCUGUCCCUUUAAAUGUCCCUGUAGGAGACUGGGCAGGCGGAGACUUCCGGGAAUGCGCAGUGUGUCACCCGGGAGGACUGCUUUCUUUCUCUCGGAAGCGAGGCACUGUUGAGAAUGGAAGAGGAGGACGCGGAUGGUGGAAUCGGGUUUAGUUCCUUAUGUUUCGUUAAUGAUCAUGUUGGAUUUCAGGGCACUAUAAAAACCUCCCCAAGUGACUUCAUCGUUACUGAGAUCGACGAACAGGGGCAGUUAGUCAGCAAGGCCAUUGAUGAAUCCGUUUAUGAAAUUAGUGAAGCACAAUCUGAGCCAAGUCAUUCUGUCAAAAAGCCAAAGCUAAAUAUUCAAGAUGUAUCCUCAGACCAUGAAGGUAAUGAAGACGCUGCUAACCUGCCUGGGCAUUCCGACGGUGACCAGAGUCAUCCAUCUGGCUCGGAUAAAGACGGUGUCAAUGGUGUGACUUCUAAAUGUGAGAAAGAGAAUGUUGACUUACUAAGUUCACUUUUAAGUGAAAAAACUCAUACAUUGCUGGAGCAGUUUGCCCGUGACAUCAAAGGGAUGUGGGAUUCAAAAACCGAGUUAACUGAACCCUCUCGGGAAUUCUCACUAGGUAGGAUCCCUGACAAAAGCCAAAGGACUGUUUUACACAGUGCUGUCAGGCAGACGUUUCCUUUUUUAAUAACCGUAGGGAAAAACAGUGAAGUCUUUGUAAAACCAAACCCCGAGUAUAAAGAGCUCUGCCAUUUGGUGUCCGAAGAAGAAGCGCUUGGUUUUUUCAAAUAUUUGGAUGCAAAGAAAGAAGAUUCCAAGUUUACCUUUAAACCAGAUACAAACAAAGGUCACAGGAAGGCCGUGCACCAUUUCCUCAACAAGAAGUUUGGAACCCUUGUGGAAACCAAAUCUUUCCCCGAGCAGAACCCCCGUGCUGGGAAUCCAAGCACAGCCAUAACCGUGAGGUUCCGGGAAAAGGCUUGGACACACGGAAAGAGAGCUCGUCUUGAGUGUGAGGGAAGAAAAGCUGUAUAUACAGCUUUUACCCUACAAAAGGAAAACCUGGAGAUGUUUGAAGCAAUUGGUUUUUUAGCCAUCAAACUUGGUGUUAUUCCUUCAGAUUUUAGUUACGCGGGCCUCAAAGACAAGAAAGCAAUCACCUAUCAAUCGAUGGUUGUUAAAAAAGUGACUCCAGAGAGGUUGAAAAAUAUUGAAAAAGAAAUUAAAAAGAAGAGAAUGAAUGUAUUUAAUAUUCGGUCUGUAGGUGAUCCUCUCAGACUUGGUCAGCUCAAAGGAAAUCACUUUGAAAUUGUCAUCAGAAAUCUAAACAAUCAAGUAAAUGAUUCUGCAAGCCUGACUGAGAGGAUUGUGGAGGCAAUAGAAAAUGUCAAGAAUAAAGGUUUUGUGAAUUACUAUGGACCACAGAGAUUUGGGAAAGGAAGGAAGAUUCAAACAGACCAAAUUGGAUUGGCUUUACUGAAGAAUGAAAUGGUGAAGGCCAUAAAGUUAUUUCUUACACCAGAAGACGGGGAUGAUCCUGUAAAUAAAGCGAAGAGCUACUUUCUUCAGACUGAGGACGCCAAAGGCACGCUUUCACUGAUGCCUGAGUUCCGAGUUCGAGAGCGGGCUCUGCUGGAGUCCUUGCAUCGCUUUGGCAUGACGGAGGAAGGCUGUAUCCAGGCCUGGCUCUCUUUCCCUCACUCCAUGCGCAUAUUCUACGCCCACGCAUACAGCAGCAGGAUUUGGAACGAUGCGGCAUCAUACAGACUGGCAGCCUAUGGAACCAAAGUGGUGGCGGGGGACCUGAUCUGCUUGGAUGAAGAUGCUGACGAGCAUUUCCCAAGCAGUAAAGUUCAUCUGGUGACUGAAGAAGAGGAGUCGGCUGACACAUACGCAAUACACCAGGUGGUUCUGCCAGUACUUGGAUACAACGCUCAGUACCCAGAGAACAAAGUGGGCCAGUGGUACCGUGGGGUCCUCAGCAGGGACGGACUGCAGGCCUGUAGGUUUAGAGUGCCUGCCCUGAAGCUGAAUGUACCAGGAUGCUACAGGCACAUCUUGAAACAUCCCCACAAUGUGUCAUACCAACUGGUCCAUCCUGACUCCGACGUUAACGUGGAAGGUUCUCACGCCGAUGAUGUGACCUCAUCACUGUCCAUCUCUUUUGACCUUGAUGCUUCGUGUUACGCUACCGUUUGUCUGAGGGAAAUGAUGAAGGGCGAUAUUUAAACCAGCGCCCGUGACGUAGGAGUGUUCGCCAUUCUGAAGAAAGGGUAGCUGCCGUUUCUAGGGCCCCUGCCUUGAGCUUCGUGAUAGCUGUCUUCUUCAAUUUUUACAGUAUCCUAAGAGGUUGGAAUUUGGUGAAUUAAGGUGCCGGUGUCUCAGUUUAAACUUUUCUACUAAAGUCCUGUGAUCACUUACAGCAGUUGAGGAAUCGAAGGUCUAAGGCAGUGUUUCUCAACCUGUGGGUUGCGACCCCUCUGGUAACCAUCUAUCUCAACAAAUAUUUACAUUACAAUUCAUAACAGUAGCAGAAUUACAGUUAUGAAGUAAUAUAAUAGCAACAAAAAUAAUUUUAUGGUUGGGGGGGUCACCACAUGAGGAACUGUAUUAAAAGGUCACAGCAUCAGGAAGGUUGAGAACCCCUGGUUUAAAGCUACAUGACUACAGUCUUUCCACAUGCUUCAGCGAUAGAACACUUCUCCGGGCCCUGGCUGCUGUGGAUCACACUUAAGAGUGACUAGAGAGAGAAGCCUUCUACUCUGCUUAGAGAGGGAAAGCGAGGGGACAGGGAAACAAUGGUGACAGGACAAGUGAAGCGCUGACCUUUCCGCUUUGAAGUGGCUGGUCAAAAAAACGUGCCAGGGAUUAUCAUUUGUUCUUAUCACAACUGAUGUAUGACAUCAUCUUUGAGGAAGACAUGUUUUCAUUAAACUUUUUCAUACAAGUUUUUUUUACCUGACCCCCUAACUUUUCAUUAUGUUUUCUAGUACCUAAAACUCAGAUUUUAGACUCAGGUCUACUCAAAUUCCACCUCUCACACAUUGGAUAUGCUAUUGAUUCUUUUUGGAAAUAAAGUUUCCUAAGUCGCCACAGAAUGGUCUCUGUGUUUUAUGCUACAAAGAGAAAAUAUUUUGUCCGUUUGGAAAUCUUAAUGUUCGCUGGUUUAAUUGUCCCACACCAUAAAUCAACCUUAACAGCACUAUAUCAUUUAAAUUCAGGUAAAGUAGGGUGAUGUAUUUAUUAGGAAGACCUCCUUCCAAUAUAAUUUCAUUUCUGAUAACAUUGUGAUGAAAUUUCAAAGGUCUUAUGGGAUAUCAGAGACCAACAAUGAGGUGUUUUUGUAUGUCUAUGUUAGUCUAUCCAUUUACAGGAUAUUAGCACCGGGAAAUAAAAUCCAAAAGAAGGAAACAUGCUGCAUGGAAUGUAAAUUUUUUUUUUAAAUAACAUGUUCAUCCGUAUAUUAUGGAGCAAAUCAGAAGUCAGUUCAGAGUUCAUCCGUGGAUGAAUCAAAUGGAUAGCAAAUGUGUAGUUACUAAAAAAGUUGAUGGAAAUUUAGUAGUGUUAGAAAAUGUUUUACCGGAGCAAAACAUGCAUUUUACAAAUGCCGGGUUUGCCAAUGAGACGCAUAUUUGCAUGCUGGUUAAAAACUGCAGCUACUGGGGACUAACUCCGCCAGUUUGAGCCCUGGCUCUGCUGCCGAUUCCAGUUCCCAUGAUUCCCUCUCAGCAUCCAUGGAAGGGGACAUUCAUACAUGUACCACUCAAGGGUUAAUGUGAGGGUGUCAUCAGUUAGCAUAAGUACGUUAUGUUGAAGAAGGGCCUGGCACUCCACAGCUGUUACAUGUUUGCAGGUACAAAUUUGGAGGGGAAGAUAAUGACAUUCAAUUAAAAUGAGUAAUCAAUUAAAAAUAAUAUCUAUAUGUGCAUCUAUAUAUAUUUGGUCAUUACAUAUCACCUUAGUUACCUUUUUGUUCCUGUGAUUUAAAAAAAAAAAAACUUAGCAAAA